GCGAAAACCUGUUGCAGCCCGACAAGCGCACGUUCUCUGGCUCGAUCGAGCUGAAGGUUAGUUUCAACGUUAAUGUGCCAGUCGUUGGUAGCAUUAUCAAUUGGGCUAUCACAGCUAAAUUAGGCGUUACUGCUAAACCCAAGAACGAGAUUACUGCUUAUGGCAGUAUCGGAACCAGCGUCUCUUUGUACUUUGCUGGUGCUGGUGUGUCGAUCGAUAUCAAGGGCCACUCCGUGGAUCACUUGGCUAAUAAAUGGGAGUUUGUCUCUGGUGUAAACUUCAACGCCUGGGUGAAGGUCUUCUUCUGGGGUAAAUCUUGGAACCAUCGUUGGGAGAUCUGGCACGCCGGUCCC